UGGGGAUUGACUUCAAGACCAAAGUAAUCAAUUCUGACCGACAACAACAAAGUAUAGGAAGUUAGCUGCAUGUCCUAAACAAAUUUACGGAGACAAAGGUUUGGGAAUAAUGGCCCUCCUGGUAAAGUGUCUGAGCUGUCAUGUCUUCCACCGAAUGUGUGUCAACUUGUGAUGGUGAUGCUGCUACUGUCAUGGCAACCCAGGCUCCUGAACAGGCUCUGUUGAGCUCAGACCGCUACGCAAGGCUCAUCCUGGCCCAGUUGAAUAAAAUGAGGCUGCGCACAGACUUCUGUGAUGUUGGGCUGAGGGUCGGCCGCAGAGUCUUCAAAGUUCACCGACUGGUGCUUGCUGCCAGCAGCCAAUACUUUUCUGCUCUUUUCUCGGGAGGGAUGAGUGAGGCCGAUAAAGAAGAGGUGGAGAUUCUGGGAGUGGAUGCUGGAGUCUUUGAGGUUUUGUUGGACUUUGUUUAUACAGGCACAAUCAAUGUGACAAUAGAGAAUGUUCAAGAACUGAUGUUGGCAGCAGAUAUGCUGCAGUUGAAUGAGGUGGUCUCCAUCUGCGGUGAGUUUCUUAAGGGCCACAUGGAUCCAUCCAACUGUGUGGGCAUCUUUCAGUUCCUGGAGCAGAUUGCCUGCAUGGAAUUGCUGGAGUUCUCCGAGAACUAUAUCCAUGUUCACUUCCUGGAGGUUUGCAUCGGUGAUGAGUUCAAGGACCUCUCAAAGGAUCAGAUUGUAAAGCUUCUAAGAAGUGAAGAGCUGAGAAUUGAGGACGAGUACCAGGUGUUCACCGCAGCCAUGGAGUGGGUUCUCCAAGACGUGGCUAAGCGGAAAAAAUACGUGGUUGAGGUGUUGGAACCGGUGCGCUUCCCUUUACUUUCCCCGCAGAGGCUGUUCAAGUACAUCGAGGGCAUGACUGACUUCAGUCUGAGAGUGGCACUGCAGACCCUUUUGAAGGAGUACAUUGAAGUAGCAAAGUCUCCAAAAGACAAGACGCACAGCCAACUGCACCAAGUCAAGAUGAGACCGAGAAGAAAAGCACGCAAAUACGUUUAUGCCAUAGGAGGCUACACUCGACUUCAGGGCGGUCGCUGGAGCGACAGCAGGGCCUUGAGUUGCGUGGAGCGCUUUGACACCUUCAACCAGUACUGGACCACGGUGUCAUCGCUCCAUCAGGCCCGUAGCGGGUUGGGCGUGGCCGUGCUCGAGGGCAUGAUUUAUGUGGUGGGAGGAGAGAAAGAUUCCAUGAUUUUUGACUGCACGGAGAGAUACGACCCGGUGACCAAACAGUGGGCUGCUGUAGCCUCUCUGAAUUUCCCUCGCUGUGGAGUCGGCGUCUGCGCCUGCCACGGAGCGCUCUACGCGCUUGGCGGAUGGAUCGGCUCCGAGAUCGGGAGGACAAUGGAACGUUACGACCCAGAGGAAAACAAGUGGGAGGUCAUAGGCGACAUGGCAGUUCCCCGCUAUUAUUUUGGCUGCUGCGAGCUCCAAGGCUUUAUUUACGUGAUCGGAGGGAUCAGCGACGAAGGCACGGAGCUAUGCUCAGCCGAGGUCUACGAUCCCAUCAGCCGGCGCUGGAGCGCCUUGCCGGUGAUGCUCACGCGGCGAGCGUAUGUGGGCGUGGCCUGCCUCAACAACUGUAUUUACGCGGUGGGUGGCCGCAAUGAGGCCGUGGGUGCCUUGGAGACGGUGGAAAAAUAUUGUCCAGAGCAGGAGAAGUGGUUCGAAGUGGCCCCCAUGUCCACGGCGCGCGCCGGGCCCUCAGUGUCGGCAGUCAACGGUUUGUUGUACGCCGUGGGAGGAAGGGCCGCCAGCAGAACCUUCUCAGCCCCCGUGACCAUCGACUCUGUGGAGAUCUACGACCCCCACCUGGACACGUGGACCCAAGUCGGCAACAUGAUCGCCAGUCGCUGCGAUGGCGGCUUGGCUGUGCUCUGAGCACUGCGACUCUUUCUCUUUUUGGAAAAAGUGCACCUUAAGACAUCUCUGCAUAUUAUUUAUUGAUACGUGUAACCGGUGUUCUUUCAUUGAGGCAAAAGUCUCUAUUCUCGGUUCCCUGAAUGCUUUUAAAUUGCUCUUCUCUUUGCAUUGUUUUAAAAUUAGAUAUGGAAGCACUGUUUUGUUAAUCUCUCUUUCACUUUCUUGAAAUAUGUCAACAGUGUGUGCGCGGUGCUACUUGAAAGUCUGAACAAUCCAUUUGAGUCUGUUUGUCGAUGAAAGAGAAUGACACAAACUGUGCUGUUACUACUGGAUUGCUUUCAUACCGAUGGACAGAAGUGAUGUCAUACUUUUUACCUAUAAUUCAACAAAUAUCCCUUAUCAUACAAAUGCAGCAUUGCUGUCAAAUAAUGAAAUAAACUUGCAUUCCGGUAUUGCCAGUGAUGGUCAUGA